AUGCUAACUGGCCUUGAAAAACAAACUCUUUGUAUUAAAGUGCAAAAAUAUCCUAAUAUUAUGUUAGAGGUAUUAGCAAUCGAGUUUGGAAUAAAAUCCAAUACUGUUUAUAAUAUUUUUGCAGAAAAAGAUAUUUGGUUAGCUUUAGAUAAAAAUUCAUCACUUGUUAAUUCUAAGUGCCAUAAGACUGUAGGGUUUCCUACCAUUGAAUCAGCAUUUGCUUUAUGGAUUGAACAUGCUAUAUAUCAUGAACAAGCUUUUACUGGUGAAAUAUUAAAAGUUAAAGCACAAGAAUUUGUGAACAAGAUGAACAUUAAUGAUUUCAAAGCUUCUCCUAGGUGGAUUACAAACUUCAAAAAACAUCACAAUAUAAGUCAAUUUAUUUGUCAAGGUGAAGCUAACUCUGCACCUUUGGAAAACUUGUUACAUUUCUGCAAUGAAUUACAACAACUUAUUCAAUUAUAUCCAAUUGAAAAUAUUUUCAAUUGCGACGAAACUGUACUUUUUUAUCAUUUAAAUCCUAUUAAAACAUUAGCACAUGGUCCUGUAACAGGACAAAAGAAAGCAAAAGACCAUAUUAUAUUAAUGUUUACAAUUUCAAUUUUCAAAUACUGGCUUUGUAAACUUGACGAAGUUAUAUGCAAAUCAUGCCAAAAUAUUCUAUUGUUUAUAGAUAAUGCUUCCUCAUAUAAGAUCAAUGAUAAUACCACAUUUUUAAACAUUACGGUAUAUUUUUUACCUCCUAAUUGUAUGGCACAUCUUCAGUCAUGUGAUGAUGAAAUCAUUUAUAGUUUCAAAAGUCAAUAUCGAAAAUAUUAUUGCAUUGAUCGAAUUCAAAAGUAUGAUAAUACUAUUGCUCAGAACCAAUCCAUUUCAAAUAUUCCUCAAACUAAUAUUCGUGAAGCAAUCGAAUUUGUUAAAAUUGUAUGGAACCAAGUAAAUACCAAGACAAUAACACAUGCAUGGCAAAAAAUGGAUAUUAUACCUAAUAAUAUAACUGUUGAAAAUGAAGAUCUUGUUUUAUCAACAAAUAUGGAACUAAUUAAACUUGUUAAUCGAUUUCCUAUUAAUCAUGAAGAAGUUAGAAUGGAAGCAUCCGAGUUUAUUAAUUCAGAAGAUUUUAUUUCUAUACAGGAUAUGCCAACAACAGAGUCUAUUAUUGCAACAAUAAAAGAAAAAGACUUGUUAGAAUCGGAAGACUCUUCAAUAAUUAAAUCUAUUUUUCAUAAAUUAGCUCUUGAGCAUAUUAAUUCUUUACUUCUAUAUAUUACUCAAGAUAGUGAUA